CCAAACUGUCCUCAACCCCGGUACCGGCAAUGCGGGGUUGAGUCUCGCCGACGCCCUCACGCUCGAGCGCAAGGCGUCGCUGUGGUGGGAGUAUGCGCGCGAUGUGUCUUCUGUGGUGAGUCGGAGCUAGGGAGGUCGUGGGCGACAGCGGGAAGAGUUGCGAGAAGGAGGCCGAGGGGAGUGCGGUAUGGGCUCCAGCGUUUGGACGCUCAGCAUACAUGCUUAUUUUCCAUAACUAGGCGCUGCUCAGCCGUCGCUGGUGGCUGUCCGACGUCUCGUCUUCUUCCUGCCGCAAAACCGCGCUCACACCAGACGGCCCGCCUCACUCGCGCGGGUCACACGACUCUUCUCGUGCCAACCGAUGACGCUAUCAUGGCUCUCCCGCACAAGCCGCACAACAAUCCCAGCGGCGGCACCUCGGACGAGGAUGCGCAGCACAACGUCGAGGCGUUCCUCUCAGCGCACAUUGUGGCCGCGGACAUCGAAAUUGGGAAAGAAGCCGAGACGCUCGGCGGCGCCAAGGUCACAGUGCAAAAGGAUGGGGACGGCAUGCGCGUCGUGCCCGGCGAUGCCAAGGUCGUUGGCGUCAAGGCCGCCAGCAAUGGCAUGAUCUACUACCUCGACGGCAUCGUCAAGUACUAGCCCGCCCCUGUAUACGUUAAUUGUUGUCUUGUCUAGACUAUGCACGCUCUACUUGUAGUACUGUGGCCACAUGGAGUGGCGGUAUUUAUGCAGGGUAUAAUCUCGUUC